AUGCAAUCACUAGUUUUAUCGGCUAGAAUUCCUCCAUCUCUACCAUUAAAUAAAUAUAAGUCAUCAGAUUUUCAUUCUGUAAACUAAAAUUUGACUAGAGUUCAAUCACCAUCUGUUAAUAAAAUGAAUUAAGCAUUUGGGAGAUGUUAGACUGUAAAAACAUUAAACUGUGAAAAAGACCCAAUUGAGCUCACAAUAACAUUAAUUCUUAAUGGUUAGAAGUAAUUGAAUGAAUAUAAAGUAGAUUAAUUGUUCCAAUAAGCAUUCACCAAAACACUACAGAUUUAUAUAAGAAAUUAAUAACAAAGGUACUAUAAGUGAAUCCUGAAAUUGUAAGUAAAAUAAAACACUUCCAAACACAUAGUAGUGUGAAGAAUUAUAAUAUUGAUUAUUACUUAUCACUUGAACUUUAACCGUUAGAAGUAUUUGAAGAAUAAAGACAUUUGAAAUUAGAACCAUAUUAUACAAAUUCAGUUGGUAAUCAAAUGAGUAUUGAAGAUUAUGAUAUCCUGAAAUGUAUAGGUGUAGGGUAUUAAUAUGAUUUUAAAAUAAUAGUGGAUUUUCAAGAGUAUAUUUGGUAAGAAAACGUGAUAAUGGUUUAUUUUAUGCAAUGAAACUUAUUGACAAGAACUUUAUACUUAAAUCUAACAAGGAAAUAAUUAUUUGCAAUGAAAAAUAUGUGAUGGAACAAUUAAAUUCUCCAUAUUUGGCCAAAUUAUUUUACUCAUUUGAGACAAACUUCUAUCUUGUUUUUGUAAUGGAGUAACUUAUUAUUUUUAAAUGUAGAUAUUGUGCUGGUGGUGAAUUGUUUUAUCAUUUGAGAAAAUGGAAAAGGUUAUCCGAGUAAUUGGCAAAGCAGUACUUUGUUUAAGUUUGUUUAGCAAUUAAUGAAUUACAUAAAUUUGGAAUUGUCUAUAGAGAUAUUAAACCUGAAAAUAUUUUAUUAGAUUUAGAUGGGUAUAUAAGAUUAUCUGAUUUUGGUUUAUCUAAACCAAAUAUGAGUCGAGAUGUAACAGCUUAUUCAUUUUGUGGAUCUCCUGAAUAUAUGUCUCCUGAGAUGUUAAAAAGAGAAGGACAUAAUUAUAUGGUGGAUAUCUAUUGUUUAGGAGCAUUACUUUAUGAAUUUAUUUUUGGAUCACCACCAUUUUAUUGUAGAAACAUAGAUUAAAUUUACAACAGCAUAUUGAAUGAUAAACUUUAAUUCCCUCCUUAUGGAGAUAUAAAUCCUGACUUAAAGGAUUUGAUUUCAAAAUUGUUGAUAAAAGAUCCUACAAAACGGUUGGGAGCAUAAAAUGGUAUUAAAGCAAUUUUAUAACACAAAUGGUUUUAAGGUUAUGAUAUUGAAGCUUUGGUAAAGAGAAAAUGUAAGGUCAGUUAUCGACCUAUGUUAUUAAAGUAUAAUUUUGAUGAGUUAGAAUUCAGCAAAGGAGAUUAAGAAUUUUAAAAGAAAUUGUAUGAGAAUAUGAGAUUGGAAAAACAGCAAGUAAGUUUUAAAUUAAGUUCUAGAAUAAAUUCACCCGUGCAUUUCCACACUUUGAAUAUGUAAAUAAGAGAAUUAUAGAUCAUAGAUAGAAUAUUUUAGAGUAAUUAACAAAAUCAAGAUAGAUUUAAGGAUAAUAAGGAUUAUCUAAAUAAAGUUUAUCUAAAUAAUAAUAAUAAAAGACUCAAAACUGUUUGUCUCCUGUAUCUUAAGUGAAAUAACAUUCAAAUAUUUAAUAAUUAAUUUCUGAAUCAUUUAAGCAAUCAUCUUAAUGUAAACGGUUCAAUACAGAUAUUGAUUUAAGUAAAUUAAUGAAAAAUAUGUGA